AUGGAUCAACAAGAUUUAUCAAACGUUGAAAAUGAUGAACAAAAUUCCAAAUUUGAACAAACAUUUAAAUUCAAUCCAGAUGCAGAAGAGUUUAAGCCACUGGAUUCUUGGCUGGAUGUGCCUGUAAACAACACGUCACUAGAUUCAUGUACUCUGGGUGUAGAGUCACUAAAAAUAUCUGAAGAUUCUAUCGCCGAUGACGAUGAUUCAUGGGAUAAUGAGCUCAGUGAUUCACAAAAAGAAUCAUUGGCUAAGAAGAAAGAGGGGAAGGAAUCUGCUUUAUCUCCACCAGAUUCAAGACCACACCUUAACAUUGUAUUUAUCGGACACAUUGAUGCAGGGAAAUCAACAACAUGUGGAAAUAUACUAUACCUUUCCGGAUACGUAGAUGAGCGUACAAUUGAAAAGUACGGCAAGGAAGCUAAGGAAAAGAAUAGAGAAAGUUGGUUCCUAGCCUUUAUUAUGGACACUAAUGAAGAAGAAAGAGAAAGGGGGAAAACCAUAGAAGUGGGUAGAGCGAAAAUAGAAACGAAGAACAGGAGAUUCACAAUCCUUGAUGCUCCAGGACAUAGAAACUAUGUUCCAAACAUGAUUGAUGGAGCAACUCAAGCCGAUUGCGGAGUUUUAAUUAUCUCAGCUAGAAAGGGAGAGUUUGAAACUGGGUUCGAAAGAGGAGGUCAGACGAGAGAACACGCACUUCUUGCGAAAACAUUAGGUGUUAGUUAUCUAAUCGUAGCUAUAAACAAGAUGGAUGAUUCCACGUGUAACUGGUCAAAGGACAGAUAUGAUGGAAUAAUAAAAAAGCUAAAGCCAUUCCUUAAGACGUGUGGGUUCACUGAAGGGAAGGAUUUGAGUUUUGUUCCGAUAUCGGGACUCCUUGGCCAGAAUCUAAUCGACCACAUUUCUGAUGUAAACUACAAACAUUAUGAUCCAAAUGCAGCAUGGUAUGAUACUUCAAUGCCUACACUUUUCCAACUCCUCGAUAACGUCCCAACACUGGAUUCAGAAGAAAAUGCGCCGUUAAGAAUCCCAGUUAUUGACACUUACAGAGAGAACGGGCUGGUUUGUCUGGGAAAGGUGGAGUCGGGAAUGGUUAAAACAGGGCAGAACUGUAUUGUUGUACCGAACAGGUCAAGGUCCAAGGUUUCCAAUAUUUAUUUCGAAAGCGACGAGUACUCAUAUGCCAAAGUGGGUGAGAACAUUAGGUUAAGACUUUCCUCAACCGAUGACGAAAAUAUAACAAAAGGCUCUGUGAUUUGUAACGUAGAGUCUCCGUGUCCAGUAGUCUUAGAGUUUACAGCUUUAAUUUCGAUAAUUGACUUACUUGAGCACAGACCACUAGUGUCAUCAGGAUACUACUGUAUGUUUCACGCUCACUGUGUAGCAGCUGAAGUCAAGUUCCUAAAGUUGUUGGAAACUGUUGAUAAGGCGACUAAAAAGAAGAAACCAAACCCAGUAUUCGUCUCUAACAAUUCAAUCGUAACAGCACACCUAAUGGUGACUCCAGCGGCGUGCUUAGAGAAGUUCUCAGACUGUCCUCAGCUAGGAAGGUUCACUCUACGCGAUGAGGACAAGACUAUAGGAAUCGGAAAAGUUUUAGAUAUUUUAAAAACAGAGUAA